GGCUCCCGGCGGGACCCGGGGGAGGACGUCUUCCAGCAGAACCAUUUGUUUUGGCUGCAGAAUACAAGCCCAGCAUCUGCAAAAGUGAGUGCGCUGAUCUGGGAAGGGAACGACUGCAAGAAGGUGGACAUGUCUGUGCUGGAGAUCAGUGGGAUUAUCAUGAGCAGGGUUAAUGCCUACCAGCAAGGAGUCGGGUACCAGAUGCUGGGGAACAUCAUCACCAUUGGAUUAGCGUUUCUGCCGUUCCUCUACAGGCUCUUCCGCACAGAUAACCUGGAGCAGCUCUGCUCCAUUUCUGUGAAGGAGCUUCUGCACAUCUUCUGUGGAGCACCUGCCAGCAUCCCUGUCAUCCUUUUGUCUGCCAUCAACUUCCUGGAAAGGCUUUGCUUAACCUGGAUGUUUUUCUUCAUGAUGUGUGUUGCCGAGAGAACGUAUAAGCAGAGGUUUUUGUUUGCCAAGCUUUUUAGUCACAUUACAUCUGCUCGGAAAGCCAGGAAAUAUGAAAUUCCUCACUUUAGACUGAAGAAGGUAGAAAACAUUAAGAUCUGGUUAUCUCUCCGUUCCUACCUAAAGAGGCGAGGGCCACAGCGAUCCGUGGAUGUGGUCGUGUCGUCCAUCUUCUUACUGGCUCUUUCAAUUGCUUUUAUAUGCUGCGCCCAGGUUCUUAAGGGUCACAAAACAUUUCUGAAUGCAGCUUACAACUGGGAGUUCCUCAUCUGGGAGGCAGCACUUCUCCUCUUUUUACUACGACUGGCAUCAUUGGGCUCUGAAACCAACAAGAAAUAUAGCAAUAUUUCCAUCUUGCUCACUGAGCAGAUAAACUUAUACCUAAAGAUGGAGAAGAAGCCAAACAAGAAGGAACAGCUCUCCCUAGUAAACAAUGUUUUGAAACUAUCUACGAAGCUGCUGAAGGAAUUAGAUACUCCAUUUCGGCUGUAUGGACUGACCAUGAAUCCAUUAAUCUACAAUAUAACACGUGUUGUGAUACUCUCUGCUGUCUCGGGUGUUAUAAGUGACCUUCUAGGAUUCAAUAUCAGAUUAUGGAAGAUUAAGCCGUGACCUGACUG